AUGGCCAUGGAAGUAGAUAUCCAAAAGUUAAAGAAAAUUCGCGGAACAACCAGAAGAUACGCCUCAAAAAUCCAGAAGGAAGCGAUAGAACUGAUGAAAGACUUUGAUCCGGAUUCAAAAACGAAUAAACUGAAAAGCUUGAAAGAGUCGAUCUUGGAAAGACUAGAUACGCUGAAAGAAUUGGACGAAAAAAUUUUACUAGAAGCGCACGAUGAAGAAAUCGACAAUGAGGUGACGGAAGCCGCUGCAUUUAGAGACGGUAUGAAAGAAACUGUAAUCGAAAUCGACUACAUUUUAGCAGAAGAUAACGAUGGGACAAGCACAAAAUCUAGUACAGCGAGCAAAAGAAACAACAGGGCACAAGUAAAACUACAGCCUAUAAAGCUUAGAGAAUUUUCGGGAAACCCAAAGGAAUGGCAACAAUUUUGGGAUGGAUUCAGCUCUGCCGUUCAUGAGAACGAUGACGUUGCAACAAUCAACAAAUUUCACUAUUUAGUCGGAUUGUUGAAGGGAGAGGCUGCCGAGGCCCUGACUGGAUUGCCUGUGGUAAUGUCGAACUAUUUGGAAGCAAUUUCCAUAUUGAAAGCAAGAUACGGACAAAAGCAAAUCAUUAUAAACAGCCACAUGGAAGCACUGAUGAAGUUACCAUCUUGCUCGGAUUCAACUGAUGUACAUGGAUUACGCAAACUAUAUGAUUCGAUAGAGGCAAAUAUUAGAGGGCUACAAAGCCUUGGGAUUAAUAGUGCACAGUAUGGAGCUCUUCUUAUUCCCGUAUUACAACAGAAACUGCCGUCAGAUUUGCAAGUGGAAAUAAGCCGUAAAAUCGGAAAUGAGGAAUGGAAUCUCGCAAUACUACUUGACAUUUUAAAAGUAGAAUUAGAGGCACGCGAGAGAUGCAAAAACCUGGCAGGUUACGAUGGAAGUACUGCACUAAGCAUCAAGAAGAAGGCGUCCAAAUGGAUACCCACGGCUAGUGCUCUGGUAAACGAAACACAAAGUGGAACAGUUCAGUGUACGUUUUGCAAAGGAAGGCAUAAAACCAACGACUGUAAAGUCAUUACAAAUCGUACAGCAAGAAUGAGCAUUCUACGCAAAGAAGGGAGAUGUUUCAUUUGCCUGAGGAAGGGUCACUUGGCAUUUAAUUGUGUGUCAAAAAACCUUUGCUAUAAUUGUAAUGGAAGACACCACAUUAGUCUUUGCCAAAAAGGGAAACAGCAAACAAAACCGAUGAAAUCGCAAGAAACGGAAUCCGGAACUCAUAGAGAAGAAACAACCAACUGUUUUGUGGAAUCAAAGCCUUCGAUAUUGCUGCAAACUGCUCAAGCAGAAGUUUACAAUCCUGCAAACCCGGGAAGGAAAAUUAUUGCAAGAAUCAUCUAUGAUUCUGGAAGUCAUCGAAGUUAUAUAACGGAAAGGCUUCGAAAUUACUUGAAGCUGCCAGCUGUUGCGGAGGAGCAUGUUUGCUUGAAAACCUUUGGAAAAAGCGUUGGAAAAUCUGAAACUUUGGAUGUCGCACAACUCGUUGUUCAGGACACGUUCAAACCUGAGGAGAAUAAGCAGCCGGAGCUAAUUAGCACAUUGGUUGUGCCAUACAUUUGCUCACCAGUUCAGCGCCACGAAAUCGCAAUGACCCAGAAAGCAUUUCCUCACCUCGAUGGCCUGCAGAUAUCUGAUGAUCCCGACGUUGAUGCAGGAAAAGAUGUCGACAUACUGAUUGGGUGCGACGAGAGCAUCAAGUUUUUCACUGGGGAGGUGAGAACUGACGAAUACCAGAAAGGCCCCACAGCGAUGAAUACAUCUUUGGGUUGGGUGCUUUACGGGCCUGGUGCAACUAUCCGGGAUAAGCAAAUUAACGGACAGUCAACGGAGACAUACUUGCUCAAAGUGGAAUGUACAAGUGAAGAUUUGGAUUCGCAGCUAAAUAAAUUCUGGGACUUUGAGACCAUAGGGAUAAGAGACAAGGAAACUGUCGCUGAAUCAUUUGAAAAGAAUGUUUCAUUUACGGAUGGAAAAUAUUCUGUUGUUCUGCCGUUCAAAGAAAACUCGCCUGUAUUACCGGACAAUUUUGAGAAUUCUGUGAAUCGUUUGAAUUCUACCUUGAAACGACUGAAGAAAACUCCAGAUGUUGUGCAAGAAUGUGAUUCAAUAAUCAACGAGCAACUGGAAAAGGGGAUUAUUGAAAAGGUUGAUUUGACCAGCCCAGUUGAAGUCGGAGAGGUGCAUUACUUGCCAAGCCAAGUUGUCAUAAGAGAAGAAGCUCUCACCACAAAAAUUCGAAUCGUUUACGAUGCUUCUAGCAAAUCAAACGGCGUUUGUUUAAAUGACACACUCCAUACAGGACCUUCAUUGACGGAACAAUUGUAUGCUAUUUUGCUCAGAUUCAGAGGGAAGAAAAUUGGACUCAUUGCAGACAUCGAAAAGGCUUUUCUUUCAAUUGCAGUCGACGAAAGCCAAAGAGAUUGUUUGAGGUUCUUAUGGGUUAAGGACAUCAAUGACGAAGAUCCUCAAAUUGUUUGUUAUCGGUUUUGUGCAGUAGUAUUUGGCCUUUGUUGCAGUCCAUUCAUUAUGAAUGCCACCUUGCAACAUCACAUAAAGAAGUACGAACAGCUCGACCCAGAACUCGUCAAAUUAAUGCUAAAUUCGUUUUAUUGCGACGAUUUAUCGACAUCUGUGAAUACAGUGGAGGAGGCGACCAGUGUAUGCUUGAACGCCAAACAAAUUUAUGGCGAAGGAAACUUUAAUCUACGGAAAUGGAAUAGCAAUUCAAAGGAACUUGCGGAAAUUUUGCUUUCAUGUGAUGUCAACUCAAAUGGCGUUCCCUUAGGAGGAGUAAGAAGAGAGGAUGAAUCGUAUACUAAAUUGUCAUUCGGAAAAUUUGAAGAGCUGGAAAGACCUGUCGAACAGAAAGUAUUGGGAUUAAACUGGAACACAGAUCUAGAUUUAAUAACAUUGAAAUUUGGAGGUGUUGUUGGAUGCGGAAAUUCUUUGGAGCCAACUAAAAGAUCUGUUUUGAUUACAGCUGCAAAAAUGUUUGACCCCUUAGGAUUGAUCUCGCCUAUAACUUUAAAAGCAAAGCUACUGUUUCAAGAAUUGUGCUUGUUGAAAACAAAUUGGGAUGAUGAGCUCAACCAAGAACACACUCGGAUUUGGAAAAGAUGGUUACUGGAUCUCGACAAAACAAAUUCUAUCGCUAUACAAAGAUAUAUGUUUGCUGAAGGAAAGGAGAUCAUUUACAAUAUAGAUUUGCAUGGUUUUGCUGACGCAUCUAUGAAAGCUCUUGGUGCUUGCGUAUACGCAGUUUAUACAACAGAAAGCGGAGUCAAAUUGAGUACACUUGUCACAGGAAAAUCAAGAGUUGCUCCGGUGAAAGGGAUUUCAAUACCUCGGUUGGAGUUAACUGCAGCAGAAAUACUGGCCAAACUUAUGUUUAGGGUCAAGGAAUCUCUUGAAGGAAGUCUUGUUAUUGGAAAGAAAUAUUAUUGGACUGACAGUCUAAAUGCAUUGUACUGGAUAAACACAACUAAGGAUUUAAAGCAGUUUGUUGAUAACAGAGUCAACAAGAUCAAAUGCUGUAGUUUGCCUGGAGAGUGGAGAUUUACACCAGGUGUUGACAAUCCUGCCGAUAUUGCAUCUAGAGGAGCAUAUGCUUCCUCUUUAGAGGGGAAUGAGAAGUGGUUUCAGGGACCUGCAUGGCUCAGGCUACCUGAGCAUACCUGGCCACCCUCUCCGGAAAAAUUUGAACCUGGCAAGGAUGCGUUAAUUGAAACGAAGCCUAACUGUGAGUUUACUUUGCUGACCAAACUGGAAACUAACGGAAAUUUAUCUACUUUUAUCGAUGUUAGGAAUUUCAGUAAUUACAAUAAAUUGCUGAGAGUAACAGCCCUUGUAAUGCGAUUCAUUGACAAUCUAAAGGCUAAAGUUCGCGGAUCAGAAGUCAUAGUUAACGGUUCAAAUGACUACAAGGGAAUCAUAACAGUUGGAGACGUCGAUAACACAAGGAAAUUGUGGAUUUUGGAAAUUCAACGUUAUAUCACAUCGGACAAGCGUUACAGUGACUGGGAAAAGAAUCUUGGUUUGUUUGCUGAUGCAGAAGGAAUUGUCAGAUGCAAGGGACGAUUCAGAAAUUCUGAAAUGGCCUACGGAGAGAAAUAUCCUGCGAUUUUGCCAAAGGAUCAUGAUGUUACAAAGUUAGUUGUUAUGGAUUGUCACAGAGGUGUUUUGCAUGGUGGUGUAAAUGACACGUUGGCAGAGGUAAGAGAGAAUUUUUGGAUUGUUAAGGGUCGUCAAUUCGUUAAGAAAAUAAUCAAAGAUUGUACCAAAUGUCGAAGAUUUGAAGGGCAACACUAUGCUUUGUCUCCUGUGUCGGAUUUACCUAAUUUUAGGACGGAAGUUGCUCCUGCAUUUUUGAAUGUAGGCUUAGAUUUUGCGGGACCAUUGUUUGUCAAAGAGCAUGGAAAAAAUUCUUCUUCUAAGGCCUAUAUUCUUAUGUUUUCAUGUUGUGUUUCAAGAGCAAUCCACCUUGAAGUCGUACCUGAUUUAACAGUUGAAUCAUUUCUUCUUGGCUUGCGUAGAUUCAUGUCUAGAAGGGGUAUUCCGAAGUUACUUUUGUCUGACAAUGCAAAAACAUUUAAAACUGCGAGUAUUCUUGUGAAGAAAAUCCUUGAAAUUGCUAAAACUGCAAAGGUUCGUGAAUUCUUGUUACAUCAUUCUAUGAGUUGGAGGUUUAUUUUAGCUAAAUCCCCAUGGUGGGGAGGGUUUUAUGAAAGGAUGGUGAAAGAAAUUAAAAGACCCUUGCAGAAGGUUCUCGGAAAUGCUUGUUUAAAUAUCGAUGAACUUACAACCGCUGUUAUUGAGGUUGAAUCGAGCUUAAACUCAAGACCAUUGACGUAUUUAACGGAAGAAGAUAUUGUGCAGCCAUUAACCCCCUCUCAUCUGAUCUGUGGCAAAAGAAUCCAUCAUUUACCUGAUGGAACGGAGCUCACACCCGAGGGAAAUCAGCUGACUACCCAACUGGCCUCAAAGAGGAUGCAACACAUGUCAAAACUUUUACAACAAUUUUGGCAAAGGUGGCAGAGGGAAUAUUUGCGUGGCCUAUGUGAACAGCAUCGAGUAUCUACGAGAAAGGUAGGAUCUUUCCAUAUUUCUUUGGGAGAUAUUGUCACGAUUCGAGAAGAUCACAUCCCACGAUCGCAAUGGAGAUUAGGGAAAGUAACCAAGCUUAUUUGUGGUAAAGAUGAACACAUAAGGGGUGCACGCUUGAAGGUUAUUUCGAAACAAGGGAAAAUUUCUGAAAUCGAACUACAGGCACUGUUUCCACUCGAACUUUGCGACAAAAAUAGGGUACCGGAUGUUGAAAUUUCUAACUCAAGUCCCACUGGGGGAGAACAAUGGAAAGCUGGACAGUCUAGACCUAUUGAACCCGGUAGACCUGUUAGACCGAGAAGACAAGCAGCCUUGAACGCAGAUACUAUUCGUAGAAUUUUAGACUCUAAAUGA